AUGACCGUAGUACCUACGUCUAGGAAUCGAGAUUACGCAACGGGAACCUCACGGUCUGCACCCCAGGAAGUGGCAUUGCGUCAACGCUAUCCUUCAGGGACAGGCUUAUCAACAGAAUCUAUCAACACAGGCAAGGUCAUCGAGAACAAAGCAGAGAAAGCCCUCCUCCUAUGGGACGACCUCCCCGCCUGGCGCCGCGACAAUGCCUUCAUUCACUCUGGCUAUUGUCGAAUCCGUCCUUCCUACCUGCACUCGCUUCGCUCCCUAUUCAAUCUGCACAAUGAAUCCGUCAACAUCUGGUCACACCUCCUCGGUGCCAUUGUAGCUGUCGCUUGUUCGCUCUACUUAGACUACGUCAUCCGCCCACGCCACGAUUUUGUUACACUAUCUGACGUGCUCGUCUUCGCAUGCUUUAUUGGUGGCGCAGGGUUGUGCCUUGGCAUGAGCGAGACGUUCCAUGCUGUGCUAAAUCACAGCCAGAAGGUGGCGCGGUGGGGGAAUAAGCUAGAUUACGCGGGAAUUAUCGUGCUGAUUGUGGGAAGCUUUGUGCCGGCACUGUAUUAUGGCUUCUUCUGCAUGCCUACGCUGCUCACGGCGUACUUGUGCCUAAUAUGUCUGCUUGGCACUGGAUGCGCCAUUAUCUCGUGGGUAGAGCAGUUUCGCACCCCAAGAUGGCGGUCAUACCGAGCCAUGAUGUUCGCCGCCCUCGGCUUAUCUGGCUUCAUCCCUAUUAUCCACGGCGUCACCAUCUACGGCUACAAGGGGCUCGAUGACAGAAUCAGCGUUACCUGUAUCAUCAUCCAUGGCGCCAUGUAUCUCUUCGGCGCAGUUCUCUACGUGGCUCGAUGGCCGGAGAGGAGUUUCCCAGGUGCAUUCGACAUCUGGGGCAGCUCCCAUCAGAUCUUGCACAUGUUUGUCCUGCUCGCUGCGGCAACGCAUUUUUAUGGCAUGGUGAGGGCGUUUGACUACCAUCACACGGUCUUGGGAUCCCAGUGCAUGACCGAAUAAAUCGAGACCUUUUCGGUUGUGUAACGCUCUCUAUGGACGUAAGGUCGUUUAUCAUUAUUUUUCCGUUAUAUGGGCCAUUCCCAAACCCAGGACCCACGAUGCGCGCAAGACCACAUCCCAUC